AUGGAAAUUGUGGUGUGGACGCAGUAUCCGUACGCUCGAACACAGCUGGGCGCCGCCGUGUGUGACGUCGCGACGAGGCGCGCCCCCCUCACGCACACGGGCGCACUCAGCACCAAUCAGCUGAUCGGCCGAGGUCGCUGCCGACUGGCAACAGCCGAACUUCGCUCACCGUCCGUGGACCUUGACGACGCACUAAGCGAACGCUUCUAUUUUCUCAUACAUUACUUCCUCCGCAAGAAACGUUUAGUCAGCGAGGAAAUCGAGAUGCUGCCAGCACAGAGUAUCGAUGGAAUAAUUAAUUUCCGACAACCCGUCGUUCACGCGUUCAGAUGA